AGAGAGAGAGAGAGAAAGAGAGAGAGUGUGAGUGAAAAAAUAAACCAACAAUGAGAAUUAUAUUAUCCAGCUGCGUUCACAUCGAACGUACGAUGUUCCUUGGAAACAAACGAGACGUAACGUCGUUUGAAGGAGAUAACAUUAAAGGAUGAAUAAUAUUGAGUGCAAUGGCAAUUGGAUUUUAUAUAAAUUUUUUUUUUCAUAUUAAAUUUUAUAUAAAAAUAAAAGAAGAGGAGUCAUCGAACGUGCAUAAAUUUGAUAGCUGAUUGAUUGAUAUUAAUGUUAUAUUUUUAUUGUUGAAAUGUUAUAAAUUUGGAAUCUGCAAAAAAAAAAUUGUAAUAGCCUUCUUCUUAUUAUUAUUAUUCUUCUUUAUGUUUCAAAUUUGCCGCCAGCCAUGGCUCGGUCGCGAACGAUCGUAAAUUCGAUUACGAAGUUUCAAGUUCUUCGAGUACGAGUCGAAAUAAUGCGUUAUAGGUAUGUAGUACCGUUUGUCGACGCACAGUGGCGCUGUCACGUAAAGCAGCGCCUCUUAGCGAUAGUAGCGGCACUGUAUUCGUGAGUGGCGGCAGUUGGCAGUCACCAGUGGAACCGCACGGUGUUGUUCUUGUCGUAAGCGGCUACGCGCAAAAGUUUAGGGGAAAAAUGGCGUAGUUAAGGGUACAAAGUAAAUGCCGCGAUUCUUAUAUAUUCGUACGUUAAUUCCGCGCCUGUUAUUCUUACGAUCGUUUUAGGUUCAUAUGUAUUAUCAUUAGAAUCGAUAUUCAAAUUCGGGAGUUGGGUGUAAACGAAAAAAAGGAAAAAGAAAAGAAAAAAAGGAAAAAAAAAGAAGAAGAAGAAAAGAAGAAGGAAAAAAAGAAAAGAAAGGAAAGAAUAUCCGAUAUAUUUCUAAGGUAUAGAAAAAGAAUUUCACAUAGGAAAGAGAAAAAUGAGAACGGCGUGUAUGUAAUAACGGCGUAAAUAAGUUAAUAAAUAAAAGGUGUAUAAUUCUUAUUCUCGUGCUUAUGGUGAUUUUUUGUGACUCUUACAACAGCGUACUUUUGACAACGAGUUUCUUAUCUCUAUUGAGAGCAAAGAGUUGAAUAAUAUCAUUUAAUUGCUUAUAUCGUGAGAUCGUCAGGAUAUUGGAAAUAUUUCAAAAGGGGAUAAACAUACAGUUUUAACGUCAUUAUGGGGAAAUGGACAUUUUCAUCGAAGAAAAUAGGAUUAUCGAGCUCGUGACAGCUUGACGAGUUGCUGCUGUCGCUGCCACUGUCGUUGCUGCUGCUGCCGCUGCUGUUGCUGCUGCUGCUGCUGCUGCUGCGAGCUGAUUCGCAAGCGUUCGAAGAUGGUGCCAGUGUCGUUUUGACACUUGCCCAAAGAUCCGUCAGCUGGAUUUUAAGAGAAGAGGAACGACGAAUUAAACUAAACUAAACUAAUAACUGAGAACACCAUACAUACAUCUAAAUAUAUGUAUAUGUAUAUAUAUAUAUAUAGACAUAACACCAAUCAGCUCGCUGUAUUCAUCGAGUAUUAGCAGUUUUAUUAUGAGCAGAGAAUUUUACGUUCCUUGUACACCAUACGCUUAUCAGCAGUGCAGCGGCAGCGGCAGCAGCGGUACAGGUUCGACGGAGGUUGGUGUGGUGGUGGUCUGCGGUAGCAACAGCAGCAACAGCAACAAGAACAAUAGCAAUAACAGUAGUAACAACAACAACAACAACAACAAUAAUAGCAAUAGCAGCAACAACAACAGCAACAACAACAACAUAACCAACAACGGUGGUGACGUCAGGGGCAACGGUGGCGGUGGUGUAGGAGGUAGUAGGGUAGUAGACGUCGGUGUAAGCAGCGUUGGAAACGGAGGAAACGUCGUGGUUAGCGGUGGUGUUAGUGGCAUGGAUUGUAUGCCCCACCGUCCGGGACCUUUCCAUUACCUGAUAAACGAGCAAGCGAAAUCGUUGGUGGCCCUGCAGGAGUUGCAGAAUGAGGUCGGCGCCCUUCUCGAGUUCCGGGACCUCGUCAUCGAGACGUUCCCAAACCUCCGGCACAAGAUGGCUGCGACGGCGUCGGCGGGUGCGUCCGUGAUGUCCUCCAGCCAAAAUUCUCAUAUACCAUUGCCUUUGUCGAGUCCAUCGUCUAGGAGGGUUAGCGAAUGGGAACCUGGUAAGGUUAGAAGACGCGUCGUACAGAGAGAACAGGCCGAGUCUUCCUCUUCAUUGCCAAGAAGUCGUAGCAAUUCUCAAAGCGGCGGUACGAAGAACAACUGUAGCGCUACCGUUCAGGAUUCCGGCUUCAGUACGGAGACCUCGUCGAAGGAUAGUGCCUCAACGGCGAUAGCGCCAAGACCUACAAGCCCGCGUCCUUGUGUAUUAGACGAGGCCGAGGAUGAACUAUGGAAUCUUUUAGAUGUUAUACAUCGUAAGGGUAUUAGGCUACGAGAGGAGGUCGAGUGUCUUCAAGGUCGUUUAGAGAGCGUUACCACGGAGGAUUUAGCAUCGAGCGAUGUAUUGGAAGCCGUUAGAAAGGUAACCCAUCUUGAUAGCGCCGAACAUCCAAAUAGUGCCACCAAUGAUGGUACGACUAAUCUUGAGAUUGAAAAGACGACGAAUGGUAGAGAGUCCCAAGUUAGAGUAUUGAGAAGGGAGAAGGAACAAUUGUUGGAUAAAGUUGCCGAGCUCGAGGCCGAAACAAUAUCGAGUCGUGCUCGUGCACAGGAAUUGCAAACCGAACUGGCCGCUCUGUCGGCAUUAAAGACUGGUCUCGAGGACAGACUGAAGGCCGAAUUGAAUGACUCCGAUCUCUUGUUGACUCCCGGCGCACAGAGAUUGCAACCGAUCGCGCCGGUCGUUUCUACAACACCUAAAAGUGCCAGUGUCAGUAAUAUAAAGAGCAAAUCGUCGGCCUUCGCGUCAGUUUCUAAGACCCACAAAAGUCGUUUUCGUACGAGGACCAUCGAAAAGAAUGUACUUCUCGAUGCGGUGGCCCACGUGGACAAUGAGCGACGUGAAAUCGAUAUCGAAGCAAGCGUGAUCGAAAGAAGGGCCAGAUUGGGAGCAUUGGAUUCCGUCCUAGUUUCGCCUACGAGGGUGACGCACGUUAAGGACGUUGAUUCUGGAAAAAUAGCGGCGAUACUUCGCGAAAGCUCGCCCCUCGAAUUGCAACGGCAUCUAAUCACAACGACUGUCCAUAAUCAAGCCUUGCAAAAAAGAUUGGACGAGGUACAAAAGAGUACGGAAACUCUUUCGGAACGAUUGGAUAAGGCUCGUGAGGAGAACGACGAUCUCCGAUUCCAGUUGGAAGAAAGAAACAUCGAGUUGGAGGGUACGCGUGCUCGCGUUCGUGUCCUCGAACGGCUUCAGCAACGAGCACCAACGGAAGCAGAGCCUGAAGCCGAAAGUGAACAGCCAAGAUGCGAACAAAGUGGUUUAGAGCCUGGUAGUAGUACCGAAUCAGCGAGGGAUCAUCACCAAGCCGUCGAAGUGAAACCAUCACCACGUCGACGACCUAGUCGUAUACCUUUACCCGGUUCAACGGGGAAACCGACGGCACCAAGACCGCCAAGUCAUGGUAGAAACGACAGUAGGGAAUCUCUCAAAUCUUUAACGAGGCUACCAAGGGAUUCGAGUCGUGACAGUCACUGCGGGAAAUCAUUAUCAAAGACCCGAGACGCCAGUAGAGAAUCUUUAGGGAAUAACAAUAACAAUAAUCACAAUAACAGCAGCAGUAGCAGCAGCAACAACAAUAAUAACAACAACAACAACAACAAAAGCCUAUCUAAGAGUACAAGCAGCGGUAACAGCAGCAACAGCGCCGGCGGCGGCGGCAACAACAUUGGGAAGGAUAACAGCAGGGAUUCCUUGAACAGGUCCCUGCCCCGUAACAAUUCCAGCCGAGACUCCUUAAACAAAUCCUCCUCGCUGUCCCGGGCCCGUGACUCGCUGGAGUCUAGCAAUCUAGGCGGGACUAACCCGUCCCCGGGCACGACUCCUCCUCGACGACCGCCCGCUCCUGCGCGUCGUUCCCACAGCCUGGCUCGCGCGGCGACGUCCGUUGAUACCGACAACGGCAAGGUACGACCAGUAAAACAAUUCUUUUGGAGUAGCUGGCUCAAGUCACCAUUAUCCAAUGGACCGACUCAUUCCGAACCACCAAGUUCCUGGUGUUCAACCAAUAGCAGCAGCUUUCGUCAUAGCGACUCAUCCUUGUAUCCAGAUUCAUUGAAUCAAGAAACAUCAUCAGUCACAGGAUCAACACGCGUCGAAUUUAUCCUCGGCUCCUCUGCACGAUGCUUUAGACCAAGCUCGACCUGGCCCCAUCGAUAUUUUGACAGCAUCGAUUCUGCCGACAUGAUACCCGAGAGUCUCUUAACCGAUGAGUUUCCAUUACGUUGCGGCGAAGCUAUGGCGGAACGUGACUCGCUCGAGGACUUAAAUGCUUUCUUUCAUAUAAUGAAAAUAGCCGUGACCAGCGGUGUCCUCUUGCUGCCCAAUUCCUUUCGUAAAACUGGCUACGUGAUGUCCAUCAUUUGCGGUCUCCUUACUGGUUUGAUUUAUAUGCACACUUCGAUCGUUCUGGUGCAAUGCGCACAGGCACUUUGUCGUUAUCAUCGUCUGCCAAAGCUGGAUUUCGCUGAGACCGUCGAGGUCUCAUUUCUUACCGGUCCCAAGAGAACGCGUAGGUAUGGCAAAGCCUUUGGAAUCUUCACGAACGUUGUUACAUGCUUCAUACAUUAUAAAGAAGUCGUGGUAUACAUACUUUACAUAGCCAGUUCCUUUAAACAGGUGAUCGAAUAUAUUACAAAAACCAUAUUGGACGUUAGAAUCUAUGUGAUAAUAUUUUUUCCAAUUUAUUCCUGCCUAAUUCUCAUACCAAAUUUGAAUUAUCUGAUGCCAUUUUCAAUGUUGGGUACGAUCAUUUUCAUCAUCGGCAUGAUAAUUUGCAUGAUUUAUUUCAUUGAAGAUUUUCCAAGCCCGAAACGUCUCGAUCCUUUCACGAACAUCCAAUCGAUUACAAUAUUUGUCAAUAUAUUUUUUUACACUUUACACAAUGUCACGGUAUUGUUACCAUUAGAGAAUAUGAUGCAUAAACCAAAUAAUCUAACAAGAUUGAUAAUCAUUUCCACGCUAUUCAAUACAUUGAUAUAUAUCGUCUUUGCUUUCUUGGGAUAUAACAAGUACAAGGAUACUUGCGACAUUGUGACCAAGAAUUUGCCUCUCGACGAAGUAUUAUCCGAAUUCGUAAAGAUCGGCAUUGCAGUGAGCAUACUAUUUACAAUCCCUAUAAAUUAUAUCAUACCUGUUACCAUAAUCUGGCCGGUACUAAUGAACGUUACCGGUGUUGAUAGUCGUUACGAAAUCAUCUUUCGUAUGGCUGGUAUCAUGAUUACGACAAUCAUAGCAAUCGCAAUUCCACGAAUACUUCCCCUUACUGGCCUUCUAUCUGCCCUGGGGAUGACGAGUACCAUUUUGCUUAUUCCCAUAUUGGUAGAGAUCAAUACCAAAUGGCAGGAAGCAACAUACAUUUUAUAUAUCAAGAACGGAUUUAUAUUCAUCCUAUUCCUUAUGAUUUUGAUUUUUGGAACCAUAGAAAAUUUGCGUAUAAUUAUAAUCGGAUACAAUGAUAUAAAGCAAAAUGAUUGCUGAGAAUAUUUUCAAACG